CUUCCGUCUCUUACUAAUAAAGUUCCCAGACUUUGUAUUUCGUGACGUAGACCUGGCUGAACUGGUCGAUGCGCAUGCGCGCCCUCGGCACACGUGAAGCAGACAGCAUGGCGGACAGACAAGAAGUAACGUUGGACCGGGCCCAGGUGAAGAAGGCCGUCCAGGCCCUCCAGGCUUUCCUAAAAACCAAGUCCACCGGAGAGUCUCUGUUCCUGGAAGACACCCAGCCCAUCAACCUGCUCUUCACCCUGUGGAAGAUCCCCAGAGAGGCGCAGACCAUCCGCAUUCCUCUGCCUCAUGGCCAGCGGCCCGACACCGAGGAGGUCUGCCUCUUCACCAGAGACGAGCCCAAAAUGAGUCCGGACCAGACCCAGAGGUUCUACAAGAAGCUGCUGGAGGAGCGGGGCGUCAAAAGCAUCUCAGAGAUUAUUCCGUUUAGAACCCUGAAGACAGAAUACAAGCCGUACGAAGCCAAGCGGCGGCUGCUGGGAAACUUCGACAUGUUCCUCUCUGAUCAGCGCGUCCGCCGCCUGCUGCCCUCCCACCUCGGCAAACACUUCUACGAGAGGAAAAAGACUCCGCUGUCCGUCAACCUGCAGAGCAAACAUCUGGCCAGAGACAUCCAGAGGAUGGUCCAGGGAACCAGCCUGACGGUCACCAACAAAGGCUGCUGCUGCAUGGCGCGCAUCGGCCACGCCGGCAUGACUGCAGACGAGGUGACGGCAAACAUCGAGGCGGCGGUCCAGACGGUGGUGGCCAAGCUGCGAGCGAAGGGGCCCAUGAUGAAGGUGAUCCACGUAAAGAGUCAGACGUCCGUGGCCCUGCCCAUCUACACGUCAGACCUGAGCCAUAUCAGCGUGCUGGCAGCGUCUAAAAACAGGGACGCUUCGAGGAAAAAGGGGAAGAAGAACCAGACAGAAGAGGAGAAACCAAAACCGACCGUGGAGACAAACGAGGAAGAGGAGGAAGACAUCCCUCAGCUGGUUCCCAUAGAAACGCCCAGCAAAAAGCCCAAACUGGAGAAGCCGUCCAGGAAGAACCGGAUCCAGAAAGCGGUGAAACCGGCUGCAGCGAAGAAAAACCCGAAGGCUCAGAGCAGAGCGGGCAGGAAGACGGAGCUGAAAGGCCGGAGGAGAGGCCUGAAGGGGAAAUGAUGAUGCUGCUGCUGGGAUCCAGUCGCUCCUCCGGAUCAUCUUUGUUUUCUGUUUUUGAUGAAUGAACAAUAGAACCGCGGUAUUAAACCUAUAACCUGAAA